GCAUCUGAGGCCUGCAAAGAGACAAGCAAUCUUCUACUGGGCUGUCUCACACAACCUCACUUCAGGCAGCCGAAUUCAGAACUUGGAUUGGGAGUCUUGGCUUCUCAAAAAGUCAGUAGAGCCAUUUCGGUGCACAUGUCUGCCCUGACUCACCUUAUGAAGACCUCAUUGACUGAGACCUUCAUUUGGACCUUCCACGCAAGGGAAGUUGAGUUUCAGUUGCACUUUGAGCUAAAAGUUUGCCUAAUGUGUCAUUCCUGUAGGAACUACUUCAGGCUGCUGCCCUGCAAAGCCCUUGCAUCCACAAGCCAAGUCCACUUUGCCAGGAAGUGGUCAAGAGCCUGGAGUUCUUUGAUAUGUCUUUUAAUCUAACCUGGUCCAAAAGCAUGAGCAUUGAAAUGAGGGAUGUAAGAGGCAAUUCCGAGGAAGCCACAGGAACAAGUAAAAUAGAAGCAGAGUACGUUGCUGGUGACAGACCUUAGGGCUGAAGAAAGCCAGGGAUAAAUUGAGUUUCAGCCCGGGAAGGCUGGCACCUCCACAGCCUGGCAGGUCAGCUAUUCUGUACAGACCAGGAAGGCUGGAGCCUGGUCCCCAAUGAGAGAGGCAGUAAAGCAUCCUCUUCUGAGAGAAGGACAAAGCCAUGUAUUGAACAGGCGGGGAGGAAAGCGUGAAUUGUUGAUGAGAGCAAUGGCGUUGCCGUCUGUCUGGAGCGUGCUGCGCGUGGCGAUCCCCUUCAUCUGGGUGGUUGGCCUGCUAAGCGUGAGGCUUGUGGGGGCCAGCCAGGACUCUGGGACUGUCAUUCCUGCAGAAAGUCGUCCCUGUGUUGACUGCCAUGCAUUUGAGUUCAUGCAGAGGGCGUUGCAGGAUUUAAAGAAGACGGCGUAUAAUCUAGACACGCGGACAGAAACCCUCCUCCUGAGAGCAGAAAAGAGAGGGCUGUGUGAUUGCUUUCGUGCAAUACACUGAAAUGAGCACUGGGAUCUGGCCAAUGGACAUUUACACAUUUUUAAAAUGCUGUUCAAUAAAUUGCAGGAAGAUAGAGAGUGCAAGUUGAGCCACAUCGCAAGGAAAACAAUUUUUAUCCAAACAGGUACAGCUUAGUUAGAUCAUUUUUGCUUUGAUGUGUUUUAUCAUUACUGUAUGUGAUAUUGCAUCUGCUGAAAUGUCAACAGAAGAAACAGUGCCAAAGUCUCACUCAUGGGUUUUAUGUAAGGAUAGCAUCGCACUUUUCUGUUAUUUCAAGCCAAAAAUUGUCCUUGGACUCUCAGGCCAACCUCUCAGCACAUGUGAAUUGCCACAGAUCUGUGAAAGUCAGUGAAGUUGAAUUGUUUAAUAUAUUUAUGGUAGAAUGUGUCUCUAACAUGAAAAGGAAGCUCCUUUGCAGUGAUGCAUAGCUAAACAUUUGCAAACAAGCAGUCAUAGCUUUAUAUAGAAAUUAAUAGUUGUCGCUGGUUGCUUGGCAGUCCAAGGAAGGUAUUUGUUCCCAGUAGUAUCAAUAGUCCAGUGCACAGCAAACACAGUAAUCUGUAUCACAAUUUUAAUUUCUUCAGAGCCACACAGUAGCUGUGAUCUUUUUGGAGAGAUUUAUUAAGUAUAUAAUGUGAUCAGUAACAUUUGUAAUCACAUGAAUACUGCCUGGCAAUUGAGCUGAUUGCAUCUGCCAAAAUCUUCUAGAGAAGUGUCUUUCAUUAAGCAAAUCACAUACUGGAUUAAACCACUCAAACUGGCCUCUACAGAGAGAUUUGGCAGAGAGCCUACAGAACGCCUGCAUGCCCAGGAGUCUCCUGCAAACUGUAUUUUGGGAAAUAUUUAAGUUCUUCUAAAAUGGGCCAUAGCUCUUGCGUGGACUUUACACUCCACAGUGGUGGGUUACAGUGCUGAUACUAUUAAUAUUCCUGCCGCAGUCAGUGUGAGACAAUUUAGGCAGUGUAGUAGUAGUAGACGACAAGACUGCACCUUGUUACUCUUUGAAAAAUAAUAGCAAAUCCUUUAUCCUUUUUGUUCUUUUUUUCCUUUGUUUUGGGAAGGGAGGGGGGAGCGGAGCAGAGGGUGAGGAAGCAGAAAAGGGCCCCAGUGGAAAGUUCUUGUAAAUAGUAAUAGAUUUAUUAGAAGGCUUAAAAUAUCACCCCCAAACUAUAAUUAAUAGGGAUUUGUACAUCAGCUAGAGCAUCUAUGUACAGGCUAGAAAUUUUUAUACAAACAAGAGUAUGGGAGCAGUAUUAACAGCAGUGGUUUUCAAAGUCAUUUUACCAAUUCUUAUUAAUAAUCUGUCUUUCCAUAGGCGGCUGAUACUUUGCUGUCAGGCUGCUCAGUAAGUUAUGAUGGUAGCUAUCCGUGUGUUUCCAAGCUGUUUCUCUCCCAUUUUAUCUACCACAGUAGGAACAGGGAAAGAGGGAAUGGUGACUCGCUGCCAACUUAGUAUUUUGUGUGUGGUUGUACUCAGUAACACAACUGAGUGUGUUACCAUAUACUCUGCCAAAGCUGUUUGAAAGGCAUGUGGUUCUCAGCAAGGAAAAGCUUCCUUGCACCUGCAUUUCAAGUAGAAAAUUUGCUUUGCCCUUUGUAGUAUUCUAGAAAACCCCUUUAUAGGUCAUCAGGACCUGGUUUGUAUAGAAGAGAGGCAGCAUGACACAGCAGCACAUUGCUUCUAGCAGCAUCACGCUCCACUGUAGCACUGGCAACUGACUGAUGGGAGGCAACAGAGGUUCUUAUCAUAGACUGUGUUUUGUUUUACAGAUAAAACAAUAGGUUUAACACAACUCCUUUGCAAAACGCUCAGCCUUAGGUUACUUUACUCCCACUUAAACUUGAACCAAAGUAAUACACAGAUUUUGGGGUGGCUUUUUGCAGGAGGUGGAGUUCCAGCACUGAACCUGUGAAUUUUCCAGCACAGUUCACCUUUUCAGGGGACGUCACAUCUGUGGUUUUGUAUUGCUAUAGUGCAUGCUUAUUCUGCUUAUUCCCUAAAGAAUCUUGCAAAAUCCUGUUGGCAAGCACUGGUUUUUGGGCUGUGUUUUUAUUUAGAAAAAUGUUUGCUCACGGUCGAGUUUUGAUAUACGCAGCUUGUUACAAUAAAGAGGUGGAAUGAAUGACAAGUGGGUGUUCUCUGGCUCCCAAAGGGAUCAGAGUGACACUGCAACUUUACAGUUGUGACGGCAGUGAUUAUUCUGUAUGUACUCCUCUUUCUCUAUAAUACAAUACAAUAAAAAGGCAAGAUGCAUUAUAGUA